GUGGGGGUUAUGAAUCAUCCCAGUGACUCGAAUCUUUCGAAAGAAUGGUUCAGUGAGACAACGAUUCACUCGCAAAUUCGCUAAAGUCGACUGAAACGAUUGUCUUCAAAUCUACUAAGAAACUCCAGAAAGAUUUAGUAUUACACGCGUUUUCCUCACACCUUACUACAAAGCAAAAUUAGCCUAUAAUUUUACCAUUAAGUUUGUUUACUAGCGAUUUUAUAAAAUAUUUACAGCAGAAAAUCCCCACGAGCGUGUUCAUUAGUUCAUUCACGAACGCGUUUAGACUCAAACCCAACAAAGAGGGCGUAUUUGUUCAGUAGGUCCAACCAAUUAAAUCUUCCUUCCACGACCCGCAUUCGAAUGCUAUUGGUUCUUUAGAGGCUGUCUUUGAAUUGAAUGUGAACGGGAACGAUUUGUUCACUUGAGGUCUACUCUAGUUCAAAAAAGGAAACUGAAUACCACCAAGCUGUGCAAGUAAACUGUGCGUAAUGCGCCAGUCGCAGGUUCAUCUUGUGGUAAAACACAUAUUUGCAUAUGAACAUUCUUCGAUCAUGUCGUAUCAGAUUAACAUAUACCACGCCGUAGAAGAAGUUUAACAGAAUUGCAUGUAGCCUAAAUAAGAGGCGGGCAGGAACACCCCUCUGCAUGAACAUAGAUGGCAUGCAGUAUUUAUGUAGUAUGGGUAACUGCAACUUUUUAAAAAAAAAAAAAAAAAAAAAUACUGGGCGUGGAUGAGGAUUACAGGCUGGGGGACUGUCUUUUUUAUAAAACCAUGAAGGUUUGCAGAUGUGGCGUGAAAAAAACUUGCCUCUUCAACACUCUACUUCCGCAUCAAACAUGUUUUUAAAGCUCAACAUGUCCUGCUGAGCACAACACUGAAGUAAAUGCCAUUUGCAUCGGUUUGCAUGUUUUUAACAUUAACCUCGCAGAAACAUCUGACUGGGACGCAGCAGCAGACUGCAGAGAUCAUAUGGAAGAGAAACUGGACAUGGAUGAUGUUUCUCCGUCCCAUCAGCAUCAGCGGGGCUUGUGGAAAUCCUUCCACGGCAAAGCCAAACUAACUGGCAGCCCCAAACUGGGCAAAAAAGACAGAAAGCAAGAAAGUGGGUUUUGGAUAUUUAAAAAGAAACGACCAAAUGGUUUGGACCGAGCGAUAUCUUCGUCACAACCCAAUCUGCCCAGCGCAGCCCUGGAUGGCGGUGACAGCGGGAGGACGCGCUGCGGCAUGCCGGAGCAGAGUGUCGGUACGCCGGCCGCAGCAGCAGCGUCGCUCGGUGCAGAGAUCCAGAUGCUGAAAAGAACCGUGAGCUCCAAACCGACACUCUCCCAAUUGGUGCAGUCUCAACAUAAACCUGUUCCGCAAGGGUCCACAUGCAUUGAUGAUGCUGUGAUGGAUGGUAAUGAAGAACAGGUCAAUAAAAGUGUGGGCAUUAAUGCAGCUGAUAACGGCAUCACAAAGCCUUUACUGCCCACUUCAGUGAUGUAUCAGUUGGACAUUGUGCUGAAAAGAGGAAACAACCUUGCCAUUCGAGACAGAGGCGGAACAAGUGACCCGUAUGUGAAGUUCAAAAUAGCCGGUAAAGAAGUUUUCCGCAGUAAAAUCAUUCACAAGAACCUUAACCCGGUUUGGGAUGAGCGCGUUUGCCUGAUAGUGAACAAUUUACAAGAGCCUCUAUAUAUUAAGGUGUUUGACUAUGAUUUUGGCCUUCAAGAUGAUUUCAUGGGCUCAGCUUACCUGUACCUCGAGUCUCUGGAGCACCUGAGGCCAUGUUUUUGUUGCAGACCUCUUGAUGUUCGGUUGGACCUUCAAGAUCCUCACUGCUCUGAGCAGGACCUGGGCUCUCUGGAGCUGGUGGUCACUCUGUUCCCAAGAAGUACAGAGGACAGAGAGGCCCUCAGACAGGUGACCAUGCUACUGAGGAGAAGCUGGAAGGGAUGCAUUAAGCAACAGCAGCUGCAGCAGCAGAAUCUUCGACUGUCGGACCUGCACAAGAAGUCUCAGCUGUGGAGGGGCAUUGUGAGCAUCAGACUAAUAGAAGGUCGCAACCUCAUCCCCAUGGACCAGAACGGCUUCAGUGACCCUUAUGUCAAGUUCAAACUAGGCCCUCAGAAGUACAAGAGUAAGACAAUUCCCAAGACCCUUAACCCUCAGUGGAGGGAGCAGUUUGACUUGCAUCUGUUUGAUGAGGAGGGAGGCGUUCUGGAGAUCUCAGUUUGGGACAAAGACAUUGGAGUGAGAGAUGACUUCAUCGGCCAAUGUCAGCUGGAUCUGUCAAAGUUGAGCCGAGAGAAGACACAUAAGCUGGAACUUGAGCUGGAGGAGGACAAAGGGACGCUGGUAUUGCUGGUGACUCUCACCGCCACAGUCGCUGUCUCAAUCUCUGACCUGUCUGUCAACCUACUAGACGACCCACAGGAACGCCAGCAGAUCCUUAAGAGAUAUAGUCCUAUGAGGUCCUUCUUUAACGUGAAGGAUGUAGGAAUCGUGCAGGUAAAGAUCCUGCGGGCCGAGGGGCUGAUGGCUGCUGAUGUCACAGGAAAGAGCGACCCGUUCUGCAUUGCAGAGUUGUGUAACGACCGUCUGCAGACACACACGGUCUACAAGACACUGAACCCCGAGUGGAAUAAAGUCUUCACCUUCAAUGUGAAAGACAUUCACUCAGUGCUGGAGAUCACCGUGUACGACGAGGACAGAGAUCGCAGUGCUGAUUUCCUGGGUAAAGUGGCCAUCCCUUUAUUAAACAUCCGCAACAGCGAACAGAAGGCCUACGUCUUAAAAAACAAGGAGCUGACAGGGCCAACAAAGGGGGUCAUCUUUCUCGAAGCAGACGUCAUCUUCAACGCCGUGAAAGCCAGUUUGCGGACGUUUGUUCCACCAGAACAGAAGUACAUCGAAGAGGAGGCCAAAGUCUCUAAACAGCUGCUGCAGCAGAAUUUUAACCGAGUGAAGCGCUGCAUCUUCUUCCUCAUUAACGUGGGCUCCUACAUCAACAGCUGUUUUCAAUGGGAGUCCCCCCGCAGGAGUUUAUGUGCUUUCUUGAUCUUUGUGGUGGUGGUUUGGAAUUUCGAGAUCUACAUGAUUCCAUUGUCCUUGCUGCUGCUGCUGACCUGGAAUUACUUCCUGCUGGCCUCCGGGAAGGAGCUGCGCGAGGGAAGUGUGCAAGCGAUUGAGGACCUUCUUGAGGAUGUGGAUGAAGAAUGUGACAAAGAUGACAAGGACUCGGAAAAAAAGGGCUUCUUGGACAAAUUCUACGCGGUUCAAGAUGUGAUCAUAACGGUUCAGAACGCUUUGGAUGAAGUGGCCUGCUUUGGGGAACGAGUGAAGAACACAUUUAACUGGUCUGUGCCUUUUCUGAGCUGGUUAGCCAUAACAGUGCUAUGUGCCGGUGCCACGCUAAUAUACUUUAUCCCACUACGCUACAUUGUGCUGGUCUGGGGUAUCAAUAAAUUCACCAAAAAACUUCGGGACCCCUACAACAUUGAGAACAAUGAGCUGCUGGACUUCCUGUCUAGAGUUCCAUCAGACAUUCAGAUGGUUCAGUACAAAGAGCUCAAACCGGACAGCUCUCAGAGUCCCAGCAGGAAAAGACGGAACAACCCCAGAUAGAUACUUUUCAUUUCUAAUCAACGGACUCCAAAGAACUGCACAAGGAAAAUAAACUGUGCAAAGACUUUAAAAAAAAAAGAGAUUGUUUUAAAAAGAAAGAAAUAUUUAUAUUGUUUUUAUCAUUAUUUAUGCAAAUUGCACAACUAUAAUAGCACAAAAAUCAAUUGUUGUUCAUAAAAUGUACUUUUAAUUAUUUAUAUGCCCAUUUUUAUUCACAAUCAGUGUCUUGAACAUUUUUAAUUACGUGGAGAAAAAUGUUGCAAGCCGAAUUUGAACUUGCAUCACCCACGUGAGCACCACAGCUCAAAAAACAUGUGCCUACCACUUGGUCAUAGCUCCAACAAAUUUGUCUUUUUUAAGUGUGUCUUUUCCAAUCAGUUGAGUCUAUCUGGUUUCUGGUGCAAAAAUAACAGCCUAAGUGUUUAGCUUUCGCUAAUCUUCUGCACAAUUGAAUGUAAUAUAUGCAACUGGUUCAACUUCAGCUCUGACCACAGCGGAUUUCCUAGAAAACAUCCCCAAAACUUUACAGUGACUUUGCUGUUCAUAUCGUUCACUUUGGAUAAUUACUUUUAUGCCUAAGCACAUAUUUUAUGGUGAAACUGCAUGCUGUGCAUCUGUAUCGAAAUAAUAUUUGUGUGCAUAGAAAAAAGUGACUGUAAAUAUACAAUGUGGAAAUAUUAUUUAUGUUUUUUUAGAUGUUUACCCAUGACAUAUUUGCUGUGACCAUUGUUCAUAUGCUAUGAUAAAUAAUGAAAUGCUGUUUUAUUGUAAUAUUUAUACAUUAUGUUGCUUGUUAAUAAGAAUGAUUCUUCAUGGUAUAUGAGCAUGUAUAACUGUUAACCAGAUAUACUCCAGGACAAUAAUUAUUAUUAUAUUAGUUGGAAAACUUUAUACAAUUUCCAAUUGAGAACAUUUGUGCACAUUUAAAGAAAAAAGGCAGCAGCUUUGACUUUGCAUGUUCAUACAGGGCUGGAACCAACCAAUCAAAACCUCUCUCUGUGAACUUUGGGUUAUUUAUGUUCUGAAACAAUGAAUGUUGGUAUUUUUUUUGUAUUUAUUGGUCUUAUAAAGUCAACAUGAAAUCACA